CAACUCUUCAAUUAUACAAUCCAACUCAAUAUGUAACUAUUUCGUAUAAAUUUACUGUUUAAUCUAAGGUGAAGUUUCGUGUGUUCAAUGACUUAAUUGCAACAGAUCAAAUAUUUUAAGGGACACUCUAAAAUAUUCAUCCCUCUCUCCACCAAUUUCUUCUCGAGAGUCUUCAUUCUCCGACCCUGAUUCCAACCACAAUCGAUUUUGAUAGCUUGUCUUGAACUCUUUUUCAAUUCCGACGAUCGAUUACGGAUUAAUCAGAUCUAUUGUCUUUGCUAAUAGCAAUAGUUGGACAGCAGCCUUGCCCAUUGUUGUAGUACUCUUAUCUGGACUUUCCUUUCAAUAGUUUGCCAGAAAUAUUAAACCAACCAAAAAAAGAAGAGAACUUUUCCGAUGGUCUUUACAUCGCCUCUGAUUUGGGCUGCUUCACAUAUUGAUGGAACCAUGUCUCUUGCACGGGCUUACCGUCCACAAGGUGGCCUUUUUCAUGAUGACUAUACGUCCUCUUUUAGUAUAAGCAACCAUACCAACACUAACACUUCUGCCACUGCUUCCAAAAACCACCACUAUGUUUCAGAUAACAAUUCUAUGUGGAAUUAUAACAAUUUUCAUGAUUUUUCAAGAAAUUUUGGGGAGCAUAACUACAAUUUGAACUUUUCUAUGCCUGAAGUCAAACCUUCUUUGAAAAGGAGAAAGUUUUCUAAUUCCAAUUGGGGAAACAGUGGGGGAACAUAUCAACAACCCCUUACUUAUGAUAAUGCUCCUUCAACCAGUAAAAACAGUUCAGUGUUGACCACUACUACAAGGCCUUAUGCCAAUGGAAACAUGUCUUCUACCUGCAAGCGUGACCGUUUAAAGUUUGAGGAUGACGAUGAGGUGCUAUUUAUGUCUAGGGAUGAGAUUGAAAAUUACUCUCCGUCAAGGAAAGAUGGUAUUGAUGCAUUGCAUGAAAUGCAUUUGCGGUACUCAUAUUGUUCUUUCCUUCAGAAUCUUGGAGCUUGGCUUGAGCUGCCCCAAACCACCAUUGGAACCGCCAUAGUUCUGUGCCACCGUUUUUUUGUUCGACGAUCACAUGUUUGUCAUGAUAGAUAUCUGAUUGCUACUGCUGCUCUAUUCCUGGCUGCAAAGUCUGAGGAGACACCACGUCCUUUGAACAAUGUGUUGAGCGCAUCAUGUGACAUUCUCCACAAACAGAAUCUAACUCUUAUCUCCUCUCUGCUCCCUGAUGACUGGUUUGAGCAGUAUCGAGAACGGGUGAUUGAAGCUGAGCAAAUGAUGUUGACAACUUUAAAUUUUGAGCUUGGUGUGCAGCAUCCAUAUGCCCAUCUGACAUCCAUUCUUGGCAAAUUAGGGGUUUCACAGUCAGUUUUGGUGAAAUUGGCUUUGAACUUGGUUAGUGAAGGUUGGAUUUUGGAGCAAUUCUUCAUAGCAGGAUAUAACACACUUCAUUGUGCACACCAAGUUUCUGUUGGUGUAUUUCACUGUAGUAAUCCUGGUGUUGCUCCUCCUUAGACAUUACUUGCUAUCUGAGUUCUGCUAUAAUUUAUUCUUCUGCCGACACAACCACUUUAUGAAUAUUGUGUAGAAACUAAGAACAUCUCAUGUGGGUAUGAGUGCCAAUCUCUUAUUUGGAUUUGGAGCAGUGGUGUUUGAAUCUCAAAUCGAAUUGCCAACUGGUUGAGGCUUGGAUACGUUCAUUAGGAG